AUGGACAGCGUUACCAUGUCUCGCGAAAAAGCUACCCACGAACAGCAGUGCAUUUCCCAAACCACUCAUUUUUUGCUCCAUGGCUGCCAUCCUGCUAUUCUGCUGACUGCAGAGACCGAGCGAAAGGUUGCGACGCUUCUCUCCGGCGGUGGUAAUGCCUCGGACUCAUCGGAGCUUCUUGACCACAUCUGUGCACUUAAGGAAGAAGUCCGCCUUCUUCAGAUCUCCGAGGAGGUUCCCGAAGCUCUCGUCGCUCAACAACAGAGGAUCCUCUCGCGGGCUGCGGAGUCGCUGGCAGCCCGUCGCCAGCAGAUUUCUUUAUCUCGGCCUUUUAGUUUCAAACGUGGGGCUCGCGUUGAUUCUGAAGCAGUUCAGGAAAUUGCCGUCCGGAGCGAGGCAACAGAAAUAAAGACUGACUGUCCUGCGGAAAACACUGCAGGCCCCAACGUUCAAGACACAACGAAUACCCCGCGCGAUGUUCUGAGCAUUUCGAAUCUCACCAGUCGUGUGAUCCUGGUUGCACCCGGGGUGGCAGGUGGACGAGAAGUUUGGCUCAAAAAUCUGGACGGCUGUACGGUGUACAUCGUUGAUCGAGUGCCUUGUGCCAGGCUUCAAAAUAUUCGCCACUCCGCUGUUAUAACCACUGGAGCAGUUUUUGCCCCGUCCAUUUUCUUUAUGCUUAUGGAGGGCAUCAAUAUACAAAUUCUGCCACAUAGUAACGCGUGGAGGGAUGUGAAGGAUUUCGACUGGAUUAAACGUCAGGCAAGUGCCAUCCUGCAUUUCUGA